UCAGAGCGCAUGCGUAUUUGAGACACAGCAUUGUCAAACUUACAUCACACACGUGCUGGCAAGGGCAAAGAGAAGUUGAAGGCAAAGAAAGAAGCAGUCAUGUUGCUAUCACCAAGAAUUACUUUCAGAUGUUUGGAGCAGGGAUGUAAAAUGCAGAAAAUGCGACAUCUGCAUACAAAGACAUUCAAAAACCAGAUACCCUUGCUUGCCCUAAAUGGAAAUCAGGCAGUGCAAAAAAGGAACAAUUCUGGAAAGGUGAAGGGUCAGGUCAUAGGGAUAGAUCUGGGAACAACAAACUCCUGUGUAGCCGUGAUGGAAGGAAAGACCCCCAAAGUUCUGGAGAAUUCUGAGGGAUCCAGGACCACUCCAUCUGUCGUGGCCUUCACUAAAGACGGAGAGCGACUUGUGGGGAUGCCUGCCAAACGUCAGGCCGUCACUAAUGCAGAUAACACAUUCUCCGCCACCAAACGACUCAUCGGGCGACGAUUUGAGGACCCAGAGGUCCAGAAAGACAUGAAGACCGCAUCCUUCAAGAUUGUGAAGGCAACUAAUGGUGAUGCUUGGGUAGAGGCUCAUGGGAAGAUGUACUCUCCAAGUCAGAUUGGAGCCUUUGUUCUGAUGAAGAUGAAGGAAACUGCUGAUAAUUACCUGGGUCAGAAGGUGAAGAACGCUGUGAUCACCGUCCCCGCCUAUUUCAAUGACUCCCAGAGACAGGCCACAAAGGAUGCUGGACAGAUUGCGGGGCUGAACGUGCUAAGAGUUAUUAAUGAGCCCACCGCUGCUGCCCUGGCGUAUGGAAUGGACAAAAGCGACGAUAAAAUUAUUGCGGUGUAUGACUUAGGAGGUGGAACUUUUGAUAUCUCUAUUCUGGAAAUGCAGAGGGGAGUGUUUGAAGUGAAAUCCACCAAUGGAGAUACGUUCCUUGGAGGAGAAGAUUUCGACAAUGCCUUGGUCACUUUCUUAGCCAGUGAAUUUAAACGAGAUGUAA